AUUUUGUGCAGAGUUUUUCUACGUCACUAUAAAGGUUUGGUGAGGUGCAGAAUCUUCUUUACGCGGGGUGCGCUAAAAUGUGUGUGUGAAUAUCUCUCUUCAUGCUGCCUUCAUGUGUUGCCUGGAAAGUGAAGUUCCUCUGGACUUUUUCUACUCCUGGCCACGUGGGAGAAAUUGAAAUGUCAGUGGCAUAAAAGCCGCUGACAAUCUGAGUCUUCAUUUCUUCUGGGAACUGAUGCCAAGAUGAAGUUAUUUGUUUUCAGCAUCGUCUGUUCAUUUCUACAAAUCAGUCGCCAAAAUCCUCCAACCCAAUGGACUCUGCUGCCACACAUUCUGGUUGUGGAUGUGGAUGGCAGUAAGAGUCAGCUGCCUCUGAGCUGCCUGCAGCCAGAGGAGUUAUCAAGGAGAGGCAACGAGAGUCUGGAUAUAUUUUGGAUGAAGGACAAAGAGGCGGGAGCGCAGAGCGGGAACACAUAUCAGGUGCGGCUGCAGGAAAGCUUAGGAGGGGGCAGCUACACCUGCCACAGCAGGAACGGAUCACUCCUCAACCACACGGAGGUCCUGAUCCAAGAGAAGGGAGCUGUGACGAGAAAGAUUCUUGUGAAAACUGACCAAGAUUAUUUAAAGUGCUCAUCUCAAAAUUUCAACGGAGAGUUUCGCUGCUCCUGGACCUGGGACCGCUUCAGAGUGGGCGUCGUAGCUUUCAUCAGAGCUCGACGUGCCUCUGAUGACAAUCACACCCAGUGUUCUGUGGACUCGGGCGGUAAGCAUUGGAGCUGCUCCUCACAUCACAGUGAGUUCAGGUGUUCAGUGGACGACAGUGGAAACGGCAUCACGUGCCUCGACGAGACACAUUGCCCCUACGCUGAGGAGAGCCAGCAGAUCCACAUCACCGUCUACGUGAAGACCAAGCACUUCCUGGUGGAGAACUACUCCAAACACUUUUACCUCUCAGAGAUCGUGAAACCCGACAAGGUGCACAUCAACAAAGUGAACACCACCACGAUUGAGUGGAGUUACCCGAGCUCCUGGAGCAUUCCCUUCUCCUACUUCCCCCUCACUUUCCAAAUCGCCCUGUUCAAGAGGGACUGUGAGAUGUGUGUGAACCCGUGCACUGACUCCAAAGCCACAAAGACUUUGAUGGUCUACUCUACAGACAUCUGUCGGUUAGAAGUGAAGCACAAGUCGAAGGCCGUCUGUGUCAGAGCUAAAGAUGCUCUCUGUGACUCACAGUGGAGUGAGUGGAGCCACUUAAGAUUGAAGAGAAACAAGAGGAACAAAGAGAACAAACAUCGACCAAACAAAAAAUGGGCUUAACGGAUAAUCCCAUCACCGAACAUCUCAGAAAGCCUGCUGUGUUAAUUUAUUUGUUUUUACAUAUUUCUAUUUAUCUUAUUUUAUAUCUCAUUGUUUGUAUUGUGUACCUAUUCUUAAUAAUAAGCAAGAACAACAUUUCAAAUCUUUCUUUUGUCCUCCUGCAUCACAACUCAUUCAUGAACAUUGGAUUUCCAUUUGUUUCUCUAUUUCAAUGAACUGGUUGGUCCAUUAGAAGAAGGAGUGGGUUUUUUAUGGGCAUUGCAGAAGUGCCCG